ACAGGCAGCCGCGUCUGAGAACUCGAGAGACGGUUCCCGGCGCGGCUCUUCCUGUGGCAGGCCUCCCCCCGCAAGCACCACGCGGGCAGGAACCCGAAAGGGGGGAAAAAGCAAGGCGGCGGCUUCUCGGGCCGCCUGAGGUCGGGCAGCGGCCGGCGCUGACGCCGGGAAGCCUGUGCUCAUUUUAUACAGAGACUGUUUUUUUUCUUGGGACAUUGGCCAUGAAUUAUUCACGAUUUAUCACUGCAGUAAGUGCUGCAAGGAAAGCAUCUCCAAUAAGAGUCCUCACUGAGCUGAUGCAAAGAUCUCCCCCAUCAUUAAUUUCACUGGCUGGAGGGGCACCAAAUCCCAAUACUUUCCCUUUCAAGACAGCAAGCAUUGCCAUCGGAGAUGGAACAACAGUAGAAAUUGGCGAAGACUUGAUGAAGAGAGCUCUCCAGUAUUCUGCCUCAGCAGGUAUUCCAGAGCUGCUGUCCUGGCUGAAGGAUUUACAGACGUGCCUCCAUAAGCCCCCAACCAUAGAUUCUGCACCUGAAGAAGGACAGAUGGAACUGUGUGUCACCACUGGAAGCCAAGAAGGGUUGUGUAAAGUAUUUGAAAUGCUUAUUAAUCCUGGAGACACCAUUCUUUUGGAUGCACCCACCUAUCCUGGGACACUAGCAGCUCUGAGGCCACUGGGCUGUAAUAUUAUCAAUGUCCCCAGUGACCAACAUGGGAUUAUUCCUGAAGCCCUGAAAGAAAUUCUUUCCAAGUGGAAUCCAGAAGAUGCAAGAAAGGUUAACAGCAGUCUCCCCAAAUUUCUCUACACAAUUCCUAAUGGUGGCAAUCCUACUGGAGCCUCACUGACAGCAGAUCGCAAGAAAGACAUCUAUAAGCUUGCAAGGCAGUAUGACUUCCUUAUAAUAGAAGAUGAUCCUUAUUACUUCCUUCAGUUUAAUAAGCCUUGGGCACCAACCUUUCUUUCAAUGGACACUGAUGGCCGAGUUAUCAGGACUGACUCUUUCUCUAAGAUCCUCUCUUCUGGGUUAAGAAUUGGGUUUCUAACUGGUCCAAAACCUCUUAUUGAUAGAAUUAUUCUUCAUAUACAAGUAUCCACAAUGCAUACCAGUACUUUCACUCAGAUUAUGAUAGCCCAGCUUCUUCAACAGUGGGGGCAAAAAGGUUUCCUCAACCAUGUAGAAAGUGUGGUGGAUUUCUACAAGAAACAGCGGGAUAUCAUGCUCACUGCAGCAGAUAAGUGGCUAAAAGGCUUAGCCGACUGGCAUGCACCUGCCGCUGGAAUGUUCCUGUGGAUUAAAAUUAAGGGAAUUCCUGACACACAGGAGCUGAUCAUGAAAAAAGCCUUGGAGAAACAAGUGCUGCUGGUUCCUGGAAGAGCAUUUAACAUUAACAGUUCUGACCCCAGUUCUUACGUCAGAGCUUCCUUCUCACUGUCUUCUCCCAGCCAAAUUGAUCAGGGUUUUCAACGGUUGGCUAAACUUAUCAAAGAAGCUGUAUGAUCAUUUACCAAAGGGAAAUUCCUGAGGAAACAGCACAGUGUUUGGGAAAAUCUCUAGCUUUCGUAGCACUUGGGUUUCCAACCAUCAGAAAUGUACCUCCUUCACUUUUCUCAUACUAGUUCUCAUACAGCCUUAAUUUAAGGCUAUCUGUUAACAUCUGAAGAGUUGGACAAGAGUUAACGAGUAAACAACAACAACGUUAGCAUCUGAGAAUAUAGUAAAGUAGUUAAAAAGGCAUUUCUUGCCAUGGGAACAUUCCCCUCAAUGAAUGAAACAUCACCUGCCAGCAAAGAAUUUCAUAACUUUUGCGCUUCAGAGCACUGCUGUUCUCUGUCUCACUUCAUUCUGCAUAAAUAUGAGCACUGUAAUUUCAAAGUCUUAUUAACUUUUGCUGGGAUGAAAUUAGUUUGUAAAACCCACCCCCUUUAAUCUUUCUGUAAAUUAUGAAUUAACUAUGUUCCACAUUAAUGUAGUAGUUCAACACUUAAAAUUAAGACACAUUUUAACUGAAAAAAUAAUUUACUUUGUGGAUUGGAGGCUCUGGGUUAAUAAAAUAUAUAUUGCA